AUGGUCAGACCCUGGGGCGUUCCUUUCCUUGGUUAUGCGCCUUUUCUCCUCGGCACCUGCUUCCAUAAGAAAUUCCAUCACAUGAAGAAGAAAUACGGCGACGUGUUCUACGUGAAUCUGGCCGGGAAAGACCUGGUGAUCCUCGGCGAAGGAAGCAUCAUACGGGAUGCAUUCUCCAAACCCAACCUCAACGACAGAUGCGACCUCGUCAUGUUCAGGCAAUUCUCCAGUGGUUGUAACGGUUAG